CACGUGCUUCCUCGAUGUUUACAAUGUUAUAACCUAAAAACAGUAUUGUUUUUGCGAUAAAUUAUUAAUAUUUUAUAAUUUAUAAUAAAUACCAUGGUGAAACGACCUGCGACAGAACCUAUUUUGCAAGGUGAUAGUGAUGCUGAAGGUGGUAACGAGGAUGCCAAAGGGCUCUCUGAAGAAAAACACAAAGAUGUGAAGAAACGAAUCAAAACAAAAAGCCUCUACCGUCAGCCCACCUCAAAUGAAUUAAACCGUCUACAGGAAACAGAAAACUUAUUCAAUUCAAAUCUAUUCCGGCUACAAAUUGAGGAAGUUUUGACUGAAGUGAAGGUAAAAGAAAAAGCUGUAAAAAGGUUUAAAGAUUGGUUCACUGCUUUGAGAAAUCAUUUACUCUCUAUCAUUGAAGAUGAUGUCGAGUAUGAUUUAUCGGAGAAAAAAUUGACUAAGAAAUUGAAAGUAAAACUACCAGUGUGUAGUAGAUUGCAAACUACGAAGGUUAUGUUCAAAUUCCACAAGUUUGCGGACAUUGAGAUUGUUGGCUCAUACGGUUUGGGGUGUGCUAUUAACUCUAAACUAGUAAUAGACUUACAAAUUGUUAUCCCGGCUGAAGUAUACACAAAGAAUGAUUCAAUCAACUAUAAAUAUCACCUUAAAAGAGCUGCGUACAUAGCAUAUGUGGUAAAUCAUUUAAAAACAUUAGAUAUAAUAGAAGAGUUGAACUACACUGUAAAUACAAGUGAGACCAAACCUAUAAUAAAGAUCAAGCCUAAAGGAAAACUGAGUAACAUAACUGUACAUGUAAACUUUGUUUGUGACACAGAGACAUACAAGCUACACAGAUUUAGUCCUUCGAGAAAUAAUCUAAGAGAGACUUGGUUGUUCGGCGGAGAGAGCAAAGAAAAUGAGUUAGGUCCUCCCACUCCCUACUACAACAGUAGUAUACUAGCAGAUGUUACUGCAGAAACUAAUCUAAAAUAUCUAAAUGAUACUUUGUCAAACUCGGAAAACUUGAAGCAAGCAGUAGUUCUUUUGAAGAUAUGGGUGAAACAACGGAAAUUACAAGUGUCAGGGUACAUACUAAGCAUGCUGGUGGCAUAUCUGGUCCAGGCUAAAAGAAUAAACAAUAUAAUGAGCAGCUACCAGAUUGUGCGGAAUGUCUGGAUUGCAUUGAAAACAUCAGAAUGGGACACAAAAGGAAUUACUCUUUGUAAGGGAGAGGGAACACCUUCCCUAUCAGAGUUCAAGGAACACUUUCCAGUGGUGUUCCUAGAUGUCACAGGGUACUACAAUAUAUGCUGGCAGAUGUGCAGGGGCACUUAUGAUGCACUGAGGCGAGAGAGUAUAAUGGCAGUGGAUAUGCUUGAUGAUCCAAAGCUCAACAGUUUCAUUCCACUGUUCAUGACACCUUUCACACCAUUGUCACAGUUUGACCAUAUACUCAGGCUUAAAGACUUAGACAAAAUAAAGGAAUCAAUAUUAGAGAGAGCACCAAAAGAAACUCGGAUCAACUAUGGUCUGGAUGAGCUAGCUCUAGUCACAGACACCCUACAUGCUUUACUAGUCAAAGGUCUCACAAACCGAGUGGACUUGGUACUGCAAAUAAUGGAGGCUGAUCUCUCUUGGCCGGUUAACAAGAGUCUAGAUAAGGCCAAGGAAGCUAGUUACGAAGAGAAGCUGUCAUUCGGUAUGGUAGUGAAUCCGGAGAACUCGAUGAGUAUAGUAGACCGAGGACCUCCCGCUAAUCUACCUGAGGCUGAAGAGUUCAGAGCAUUCUGGGGUGCCAAGUCCGAGCUGCGGCGUUUCCAAGAUGGCGCCAUCACAGAGGCAUGCGUAUGGACGGCCGAUACGCGGGCCGAGCGACGCGCAAUCAUCACACAGAUUGUGCACUAUCUACUGCAGCAUAAGUAUGACAUCUCCCCCGCGUCUCAGUUCCACGUCGGCUCGCAACUCGACAGCGUGACGCUAGUGAAGGGACAGCGGCGGCAGGGCGAGGAGGCGACGAGCGACGUGCUGACGACCUUCGACGAGCUCCGACGAGACCUGCGCGCGCUGACGCAGCUGCCGCUAGAUAUUAGUGCUGUUAAUGGUAUAUCUCCAGUGUUCAGUUACUGCGAGCCGGUCCCGGCGUGCGCGGCGCGGGCAACGCCCCGGCGGCGCGGCGACGCGUCACUCAUCACGUCGGAUCUCAGCAAGGGCACGGAAUACGUACCCGUCAAUAGAGCGGUUAUUGAAUUGACACACAGCGGCAAAUGGCCCGGCGAUUUACAGGCGUUCCGCUGCCUCAAGGCAGCAUUCCACCUGCAGAUAGCCGAGCGGAUCAAGGCACAGUACUCCCUGCCAACCCAGGCCUACCCCACACACCUGGAUGUGAUGAAAAACGGCCUGGUCUUCCGCCUGGAGAUAGCACAUCCGAAGGAGAUCACUCUGAUUAGGAGAGAGGUGGUGGGAGGUGUGGUGAAGCAUAAGGAGAACGAAGAGAGUGUUGAACUGCAAUGCCGCACGGUGCUGCUGCCGCGACUGAUGGGCGCGCUGCACGGCCUCCACAGCCGCUACCCAUCAUUCGGUCCCACCGCCUGUCUCCUCCAACGCUGGGCAUCCGCCCAACUGUUGUCCCCGCCCAUAACCAGCACGCUGUGCGCGCUGCUAACCGCCGCGGUGUACCGCCUACCCGCCCAACCCACACUAGCACUAUAUAGAGUGCUGCGGAUGAUAGCAGAUACAGAUUGGACACAGAAUAUGCUGGUGGUGGACUUCAAUGAUGAUUUGACGCGCGAGGAGAUAUCAGCUCUAGAACGCGACUUUCACGAGUCUUCAUCGAAGCCCGCGCUACACGUGGUGACGGCGCACGACGCCGACCUUCCCGGCGUAUGGAGCCGCCACGUCACGCCGCAGGUUCUGUCGCGACUAAAGGCAUUGGCUGCGGCGAGCGCGGCGUACAUAGAACAGCGGCUGACGAUAGACAUGGAGCAUAAUAUACUGGGCGCGUUCGUCCCAUCUCUAGAAGGCUACGACGUGUUGAUCCGCCUCCGUCGCUCGCUGGUGCCCCACUCGGCUGAGCGCCUCGACGCCCCCCUCGCGCCGGCUAAACCCGCCCCUGAGUCUGACGUCAUACCGGUAGUGGACUUCGACCCUGUGCAGCGGUAUUUGAAGGAGUUGAGGCACGCUUUCGGCGAGUGGGCGUUGUUCUGUCACGACGCGUACGGCGGUGACGUCAUCGCCGUGCUGUGGACGCCUGCCGCCAGCGAGCAGCACGCCGACUUACAGAUCCUCUCCGCCAACGCUCUCCAUCCAGUGACCGUCAACGGUGUCACCCACUACGAAGUGAACAAGCCAGCCCUGAUAGAGGACUUCCGUAUCCUGGGGGAGGGACUAGUGGUCAGCAUCGACGUGAGGAACUGAUGAUGAUAAAUAUAUAUGUAUGUGACAUA